AUGGGUAAGGAGAAGCUCCACAUUAAUAUUGUGGUCAUCGGCCACGUGGACUCGGGCAAGUCCACCACCACCGGUCACCUCAUCUACAAGUGUGGUGGCAUUGACAAGAGAACCAUCGAGAAAUUCGAGAAGGAAGCUGCUGAGAUGGGGAAAGGUAGCUUUAAGUAUGCCUGGGUGCUGGACAAACUGAAAGCGGAGAGAGAACGCGGCAUCACCAUCGAUAUCAGCCUGUGGAAGUUCGAGACAAGCAAAUACUACGUCACCAUCAUCGACGCGCCCGGACACAGGGACUUCAUCAAGAACAUGAUCACUGGAACCUCACAGGCGGACUGUGCCGUGUUGAUUGUAGCCGCUGGCGUGGGUGAGUUUGAGGCUGGCAUCUCUAAGAACGGGCAGACCCGAGAGCACGCCCUGCUGGCGUAUACCCUGGGUGUCAAACAGCUCAUCGUUGGCAUCAACAAGAUGGACUCCACCGAGCCUAACUACAGCCAGAAGCGUUACGAGGAGAUUGUGAAGGAAGUCAGCACCUAUAUCAAGAAAAUUGGCUACAACCCUGAAACCGUGGCCUUUGUGCCCAUCUCUGGCUGGAAUGGAGACAACAUGUUGGAGGCUAGCCCCAAUAUGACAUGGUUCAAAGGAUGGAAGAUUACCCGUAAGGAUGGCAGCGUCUCAGGCACAACCUUAUUGGAGGCUCUGGAUGCCAUUCAGCCUCCCACCCGCCCUACUGACAAACCACUCCGCCUACCCCUGCAGGAUGUCUACAAGAUAGGAGGUAUUGGGACCGUCCCCGUCGGUCGCGUGGAGACGGGCAUCCUGAAGCCGGGCAUGGUGGUGACCUUUGCCCCCGUGAAUGUGACCACCGAGGUGAAAUCUGUUGAGAUGCAUCACGAAGCUCUGUCCGAGGCCUUGCCCGGGGACAACGUCGGCUUCAACGUCAAGAACGUGUCCGUGAAGGACAUUCGCCGUGGCAACGUGGCCGGGGACAGCAAGAACGACCCUCCUCAAGAGGCAGCUAACUUUACCGCGCAGGUGAUCAUUCUGAACCACCCUGGUCAGAUCAGUGCAGGCUACGCUCCUGUGCUGGACUGCCACACCGCCCAUAUCGCCUGCAAGUUCGCCGAGCUGAAGGAGAAGAUCGAUCGCCGCUCGGGGAAGAAACUCGAGGACAACCCCAAGAACCUGAAGUCCGGCGACGCGGCCAUCGUGGACAUGAUCCCGGGGAAGCCCAUGUGUGUGGAGAGCUUCUCUGAGUACCCACCGCUGGGGCGCUUUGCUGUUCGUGACAUGCGUCAGACCGUGGCCGUGGGCGUCAUCAAGGGCGUGGAGAAAAAGACCCCGACCUCGGGCAAGGUCACCAAAUCGGCCCAGAAGGCCCAGAAGAACAAAUGA